AUGGGGUUUGACCUUCCACCCGUCUACCUUCUUGCCACUCACUUGAAGCCGGAAGAGUUGCACGAUCUCGAAGGGAAGGUUUCAAGUUUGACAUACAACAUCAAGGAGGCCGAGAUCAUCGUUGGCAAUAUUUCCAAGCGUGAACGGGCUCUUUUCGAACUAAGGCGCGGAAAGGUGUAUACUGAUCCUGUAGGUGUGGGUGAUGUCGCCAAGUCACUCGUCACGACACCUCGAAAGCGCAAGAGGACAUCAUCUCAGAAUGACGGCGACUCAACUUCGAACACUGAAGAUGUAAACAGAUGCGGAUCAAUUCCGCUACAGUCCAUGGAGGCUUCAUCUCUGGCGCAUCGGCCUGGUAACACCAAUACUGUCAAGGUCGUGAAGCUAGCGUGGCUCACAGACUCUCUGGAACAGAGCAAGGCCGUCCCAGUUGGUGGCUAUCUUCUUUAUGAAGGCUACAAGAAAAACUCACCCGAGACGCCUGUCGAAUUGAAGGACAGUGACAUGAUAUCACGCGCUGCAGCCGGCGAUACUUCGCGCCUGCGAAGCACUAUCUGUUCCGAGGGGAAAGGAAGCAAAUCACCGACGGAUGUGCAUCGAAAAACCGUUUCGCUGAUCAGGCAAACGACAUUAGAGCACGAUUCGGUUCUUCGGCUGCCACCUAUACCGUCGUUUCUUGGAACGACUUUUGCCUGUCAACGGGCGACGCCUGUUAGACCCCCAAAUGUCGCUUUCGUCGAUGAGUUGAAGAAGAUACGGACUGCACGGAAACUAGCGGGCGAUCACAUAGGGGUCAGGGCCUACUCAACGUCUAUAGCUACCAUAUCGGCAUAUCCUUAUGUGAUUGCCAUUCGACAAGAAGUUGCAAGACUCCCUGGCUGUGGAGUCAAGAUCGCCGAGCUGUGGCAUGAGUGGGAAAAAGCCGGUAGGCUUCGUGAAGCAGAUGAAGCUCAGGCAGAUUCUAAACUGUCAGUCAUACAAACGUUUUACGAUAUCUGGGGAGUCGGUGACACUACGGCUCGAGAUUUUUAUAGCAGGGGAUGGCGAGACCUGGAUGAUGUCGUCGAGCACGGCUGGGACAGCCUGAGCCGCGUCCAGCAGAUUGGCGUCAAAUACUACGACGAGUUCAAGCUGAAAAUACCGCGGACGGAAGUCAGGGAUAUUGCUGACACCAUUUUGGCACAUGCCCGGAAGAUUAACUUGGGAUUUCAACUGGUUAUCGUGGGGGGUUAUCGGCGUGGCAAACAGGGCAGCGGUGAUGUUGACGUGGUGAUCAGUCAUCCGGACGAGUCUGCUACAAUGCACAUUGUCGAGAAGUUGGUUGUGAGCUUGGAGAAGAGCCAGCACAUCACGCACUCGCUCAUGUUGAGUAACCACAACAGCGAGCGUAGGCAGCGGCCCGUCAGUUGGAAGGGUAACGAGUCAAUAGGAAGCGGCUUCGACACCCUUGACAAGGCCCUCGUGGUCUGGCAGAAGCCCGAGACCAAGACUAAGGCAUGCUCCAGCGAAGCCGAGGAGAGGACGCAUCGGCGGGUAGAUAUAGUUAUCAGCCCAUGGAAAACGGCUGGGUGUGCAAUCUUGGGCUGGAGCGGAGACAUGACGUUCCAGCGAGACCUGCGUCGUUACUGCAGAAAGCAGAAGGGCUUCAAGUUCGACAGCAGCGGCAUCCGAAGCCGACAAGAUGGUAGCUGGAUCGACCUGGAGGGCGGGAAGCUUGGGAAAGCCCCCGAUAUGUUAACUGCCGAAAGAAGGGUGUUUGAGGGACUUGGUCUCGACUAUAUCCCACCGGAGGAUAGGUGCACCGGAUGA